AUGUCCACAGAAGGGAACGAGAAAAUUUUUUAUUUCAGAUCAUGCACGUAUUUGCCCCCCCGAGUAAAUUCAGAGAAGCUAUGGAGUAACCUAAGGGGUUUACCUUCAGAAAAUGCUUUGCCAAUGUUGCAGAUGCAGAUGUGCCUCAUCUUUUUUGCAACUUUUUUCUUCCACCUCUUUUUGGGUCGUCUAGGAAUUCCCAAAUUCACCUCUAUGAGCAUUGUUGGCAUAAUCUUUGCAACUACCUUCAAUGAAAUAUGGGCUGAGAGGAGGAAAAAGUUGUUCUUCUUUGAUUCACAAGCAAAUCUGGGGUUGCUUUCUGCAUUUGGUUACAUGCUUUUUUUGUUCUACAUAGGGGUCAAAACAGAUAUGAGUGUGGUGCACAGGAGUAGAAGGACUGCCACUAACAUAGGGUCUAUUGCAAUAGUGGCUCCCUUUUUAUGUGGCGUGGCUUUUGUGCAUUUUCACUCAAGAAAAUACCUUGACCUUGCUCAACAAACAAAACUUCUUGUUAUUAGUGGUUUGUUCUCUAUGACCCCUUUUCCUGUCAUUUCCUCAGUUUUAAGUGAUCUAAAGAUCUUGAAUUCGGAGUUGGGAAGAUUAGGUCAGUCCUCAGCUCUAGUUGCUGAGAUAUUUAAUGUUUUCAUGAUAUCAAUCUUGGCAUUCACUAAAAUCAUAUACCAAAGUCCAUCAAGUGCUUGGAUUUACCUUACAGCUGCAAUUUUGUUUAUGUUAUCGGUUAUAUUCAUCAUACGCCCUGCCAUGUUUUGGAUUAUAAAACAGACCCCAGAGGGUUCCUCUGUAAGUGAUCACUAUGUUUAUUGUGUCCUUAUAAUGGCUUUGUUGUCAUCAUAUGCCACACAUCGUUUUGGGUUCUUUGCUCUCUUUGGGCCUUUUAUAUUGGGUUUGGCUAUUCCUGAAGGGCCUCCCUUAGGCACUGCCAUCAUUAAAAAGAUUGAUACUUUUGUUAAUGGGAUUUUGAUGCCUAUAUUUGUGACUACCUGUGCAAUGAGGAUAGACCUCAGAGAUUUCAUGAAUUGGAGAGACAAAGUUGAUGGAAAAGUUGAUGACUUCAUGGUGCAAACUGUGGUUGUUAUUAUAGUAACUUCCCUUGUCAAAAUUAUUGCUUGCACGUUGCCUCCUCUAUAUAGGAGCAUGCCUUUGAACGAUGCUAUAUCUCUCUCUUUGAUUAUGAAUUGCAAAGGCAUAGUUGAAAUGGCUGGAUACUCGGUGGUCAGAGAUGUCAUGGGCGUGCCUGAUAAUGUCUUCGCUUUGGUGAUGAUGUGCAUCAUAGUGAAUGCCACAGUGACGCCAAUGAUCUUGAGUAACCUCUACGAUCCUAUGAAGAAAUACACAGGUUACACAAAGAGGAACAUUCUUGAUCUCAAAAGCAACACAGAGUUUAGAGUUCUGGCAUGCAUUCAUAGACCCGACAACAUUCCCUCAACAAUAAACCUUCUAGAAGCAACAUACCCCGCAAAAGAAGAACCAGUUUGUGCCUAUGUACUACAACUUAUAGAACUUAUUGGAAGGGCAUCACCAAUAUUCAUCUGUCACCAGUUGCAAAAGAAGAGAAAUGACUCAAUUAGCUUCAUGGCUGAGAAACUCAUAGAUGCUUUUCAAAACUUUGAGCAAGAGUUCAAGGAUGCUUUAGUUGUCAACACUUUCACAGCUAUUUCACCAGCAGAGAUGAUGUAUGAUGACAUUUGCACAUUGGCACUUAACAAGUUCACAUCACUCAUAGUUUUACCAUUCCAUAAAAAGUGGUCUUCUGAUGGAAGCUCCACUGAGUUAGAAGAUGAAUCCUUAAGAGAGUUGAAUUUUUGUGUCAUGGAAAGAGCUCCAUGUUCUGUUGGUAUCUUAAUUGAGAAAGCACAAAUGACACAUAUUUUUUCACCUGAGACACCUUACACUGUUUGUUUGCUUUUCAUUGGAGGAAAAGAUGAUAGAGAGGCGUUUUUCUUCGCCAAGAGAAUGACCAAAAACCCACAUGUUAGGCUUACUGUGGUUCGGUUCUUAGCUUCAAAAAACAAUGAGUCAAACUCAGAGAUCAAAGAUUGGCAAACGGUGCUUGACACUAGGAUUCUCGAUGAUAUUAAGAUGACCAACAAGGUGGGUGAUGCUUAUGUGAAGUACAUAGAAAAGGUUGUUGAAGAUGGACCAGAAACAGCUUUGGUGAUUCGUUCAUUGGCUAGUAAGUAUGAUUUGAUCAUUGUUGGGAGACAAUUAGGGGUUGAAACUCCUCAAACUUCUGGGUUGCUACAAUGGAGUGAGUAUCCAGAACUUGGGGUGUUAGGAGAUUUGCUAGCCUCCACUGAUGCUGCUGGCAAAGCUUCUAUAUUUGUCAUACAACAACAAAGGACAGCAAAUGAUGUUUGA